AACCCAACCGGCUUCCACCUUAAGUAACCAGCCCGCAUUUGACCGUCAUUUCUAUCUCUCUCUCUCUCUCUUUCCUGCUCAUCGAUAUAUCCUCAAAGUGCAUCGUAGCGCUCAGGUCCUCUCAGCUUCAUUCCUCGUCAUUGACUCAAUUGCGGAGGUUCUCCUCACUUAAUUCCGGUGACUCGCCCGCUCGCUUCAUCGACUGCCCUUUUCGGCCUUUGUUGCUCCGCGUAUUCCGCACAUUCAAAGAGCUCGCCCCACGUGACAAACAAGUCAAUUCCGAUUGAUCGCCUCCAACUUCCGGAUCCGUUGAGGGCGACGACAAUAGUGAAAUCCGGACAAGAGCUUUAAAAAGAGGCUCGCCCCGGGCGGUGCAAAAUUUCUUUGCCUGCCUCAAGGUUUAUGGUGACCUCGAGAUUGAAAUUCUGCCCUCGAGCAGUGCUGUCAUCCAAGAUGCUUCGCUCUGCCCUCGUUGGCUUCGUACUGCUUUGCGCUCUCGUCACUUGGAGCACCACGCUCUUCUUCUUGCAGGGCGAUUCUUUCGAGGCUUGGUUUGACGCAGCUGCUCGCCGGGACAGCGGCCUCGAGUUCAGCAACAAGGCGCAGGAUCUGGAUUACGAGCCUACCAGGAUGGAUGUGACUAACCUAAGCCCUACUAUUCCGCUGAGGAUGGUGACGUUUAACAUCCGAUACGCCACUUCAAGUCCGGUCAAGGGCGAGAAGCUGUGGGACGAGCGAGGACCCAGGCUCGUCAACGAAAUCAACUUCAUCACCGCCGGCCAAGAAAACGCAUUUCUCUGUCUCCAGGAGGCCCUCUACAACCAGCUCGAGGACAUCCAGGCCGGCCUGGGCCCCCGAUGGGCGUACAUUGGCCGGGGCCGCGAGGACGGCAAGAAAAAGGGCGAGUUCUCCCCCGUCUUCUACCGGUCCGACGUCUGGUUCCUCGAGCGCUCGCAGACGCGGUGGCUGAGCACGACGCCCGAGAAGCCGUCGUUUGGCUGGGGCGCCCCUCACAAGCGCGUCGUCACCAUGGGCGAGUUCUCGCACAAGGUCACCGGCACCCGGGUCGUCGUCAUGAGCACGCACUUUGACUACAAGUACGCAAAGGCGCGCAAGCACAGCGCCGAGCAGCUGAUGCAGUACGCCCGCGACUGGAGCCAGGGUAACAACAACGCGGCGGUGCUCAUCGGCGGCGACUUCAACAGCACGCCCGAUGACGUGGCCUACCGCCUCAUGACGGCGCCGGGGUCUGGCAUGUCCGACCUAUCGGAUCUGCUGCCUGCGGACAAGCACCACGGCAACAGCCUGACUUACACCAGCUUUGGCGAGCCCAACGAGUGGCCGCAGCGCAUCGACUUUUUGUUUAUUCAGGAGCCUCGCACCGCAGUCGUCAAGACGUUUAGCGUGCUGGAGAAUGCCUAUGACGACCAGAUCCGCGUGUCGGACCACAGGCCGGUCGUGUCGGACCUUGAGAUUGCCGUGGACCCCUCAUCAUGAGAAUUGACGAAACUGGUCCAACUUGGCUAAGGGGAAAAAAAGGGAAAAAAGAAAAAAAAUUAGCCGUAUUGAUAUUUUAUGAUCAACGUCUCUUUCAACACUGGAUAAAACCUCGGAGGAUAAUGAUACCCGGAGCGUGCUUCCCGAGUAGCACCGUCUCCAAGCAACUCGUUAUGAACAGGGAGUUUCGGAUUUGACAUUUAUCGCUAGCAUAUCACAAAUAAAUUAAAUAAAAAAAAUCAAAUCAAAAAACCUAUCCUGUUUACUGAAGAUUCUACUCAACGA